CCAGACUCUGAGUGGGUGGAAGUACUUCUGGGAACAGGCUUGGAAAAGAUCCCACAUUCCAUUAUCAUCUUUUUCUUCAGUUUGUGUCUCUGUUGUUGGAUUACUAAGAUUUCGCUCCGGUUUAUUAACAGCUUCUAAGAGCAGGAAGGAUGACUGUGACCAUGAGCAGGACCGACGGGGUCACCAUAUUCACUGUGACCUCUGACCCUGAGAGUCGUUGGCCUCUUCUGUGCCAGAUCCUGAAGAGUCUUUGCUACAGCCCGGUGUGCUGCUCUGUGUCUCAGCAGCUGAGGAAGACCCAGAGGACGUCUCUGUCCGUGCUCGGGACCUUACAGAUUAUGAUUGGACUGCUCCAUAUUGGCCUCGGCAUCAACCUGCUGGUGGUCUACUAUAACUAUUGGUUUACGAUCAGGUACACUGGGUUUCCCUUCUGGUUGGGAGCACUGUUUAUUGUUUUUGGCAUCAUCGGCAUUUUGUCUGAAAAGUAUCCAAGUCCAUGUCUGGUCAUCAUCAAUGUGAUUCUGAACCUGGCUGGACUUGCUUUUGCUAUUACAGCCAUUGUGCUCUACAGCAUCUAUGUUGCCAACGUCCGUGUGUGGUACAGCUGUGAGCAGACUCACUACUGGGGAUACACAACACCAAGUCCAGCUUCUGAUAUGCAAUACAAUGAGAAUUGCUUGAGAGGCAAAACACUGAUUGUGAUGCUUCUGAGAAGCAUCACUGGUGUCCUGAUCGUCAUAUCAGCUGCUGAGCUUUGUGCCGUCAUCAGCUCUGCUGUGUUGGGCAUCCAGGCUCUGAGGAGCAUUAACAAGAAGAAGAACAAGAGCUGUGAUGACCCAGAGCAGUACAACGCAUUACUGGACAAAGUCACAGCCUAGUCUGCAGCCUGACCGUCUUCUACAUCCCAUAAUCUACUAUUAUAGCACCACAAUAAACACUUUUAUUCACGCUGCUGCGAAGCUGACUGAUUUCAAGUGUUUCAUGAAAGUUCUGCUUUUCUGCUUCACUUGAGAAUUUUAACUUCUCUGCCGUCUGUUUUGGCUGAGUACUCUUUAUAUUGGAUAUAGCUUAUUUUCAUGCCCAGAAACAUAUUGUGUAUUUUCGAUGGUAUUUUCAUUCUUGCAUUAUAGAUUUAAACUAUUUUACUGGUUCUAUAACUUUUCAGAACUAGCCCCUCCUCUUUAAAUACCAGGGUUUCUUGCAGAGAUUUUGCCAAAGUACAAAACAACAAGAAAUGGACUUUUCUUAGUUUGUUGUGUUAUGUCAUAAAAACUAUAAAAAAGGAAAAUAAAUCAUGAUCUAUUGAAAUUGCAUGAUUGAUUGAAUGAUGUGGUUAAAGUAUAUGUUCCUUGUUUACCUCAGAAGUGGAAAUGUUAAGUUUAAAUUUGGAAAAAUUACCUGUGAAGUCUCUAAAAGUUUGAAUUCUGAGUUGAAAAGGGAUCUGAACUCCAAUAUGGCUGCCCUGCCUAAUAAGCUUUGCAGUAACCAGAGUAAACAUACUUUUUUCUGUACUUCUAAUACGCAGCAUCCGGCAUCUGUUCCUGGGUAACUGUUGUCCAGUCAGGUUAAAUUGGGAGUUUUCCAAACUUUAUCCACUGCACGUCUGUUUUGAGAAGAUUCUAACAGAAUCAACAGCACUGUUUUCUGUUGGUUCUUAUUAGCGUUACAUUCGUUAGUGUGAAUACACUUUAAGUACCACUAAAGGCAACCAAAGUACCAACUGUUGUUCUUUUCUCACAGUUUAAGAGCUGUGGGUCUAUUUGGACAUGACACUAACACUGUUUGUGUUUAUUAUUUUCAAACAAUAGGCAAUGUAAGAAAUAAAAUAAACGAAAAAGGCAAUACAAAUUAUGCUCUGCUAUUUAUUUUAUUGUUUUCUGUACAUUGAAUAUUAAAGGCUUUAAUGUUUGUUUUGCUCUUCAUGUCUAGUCUGUUUAUUAGGGCUGAAUGAUAUCAGGAAAAAAUAUAAUUUAAUCCGAUUAAGAUGACACUAUCAAUUAAUCCACAUCUUCUUGACUCUUUUCUUUUUUUUCUAUCAUUACAGUUUUCCCACCAUUGCCUUUAGCAUUUAGCUUUAACUUUUCAGUCUCACUGGGGGUCGAUAAAGACCAAUCAACCAGCCAAAUAUAUUAUUUGUAAGUACGGUGAGAAUGCAUGGCACUUGAACUAUGAUAUCCCAUCAAAUAUUGAAUCCAGUCUUUUGCGAUUGCAAUUUUCCAAACAUUAGUAUUGCACUGAUGACUGAGGUUCAAUAUAUUAUGCAGCUCUACCAAAAUCAAGCCAAGUACAUGUUUAAUUCUACUGUCAUAAUCUCAAAAAUAUAUAUUGUAGAAAAAAUGACAGAAAUCAAAACAGUAGGAUUUAUAAAAUAAAAAGAACAAGUCACAAAAGGUUUAGUAAAUCUGAACUCUUCUGGCUCUUUGCAGAUUUUAAAAUGUGUGAAGACAGAAAAAUAAAACCAAACUAAAACAAAUCCAAAGCUUUUUUCUUUCCUUUAAAAGAAAGAUAGAUUGAAUUUUCUAUUACAGUAUAUCUUAAAUUUAAAAAGUUGAAAUCUCGCAAGGUCAGAGACUAACCAUGACUGGGAUACGUCCAUGUAUUUACAUUUGAUAGACUUGUUGAUGCAUACCAAUGACUCUGUUUACUUUGGCAGCUGCAGACUCUUCAGAACAUUCCUUUGCUGAACCAUUCCCCUCUACAAACAGCCACCCUUCACAUGCACACUCAGGUCAAACACAAGAGGAAGAAUUCAUUAGUAUUGCUGCUCUCCAGUUCAUGCUUCAGGUUGAGAUCAGGUCUCUGAGUAGUUAAGGUGCAUCCAGAAGAAGAAGGUGACUGGGAUCCCUCUGGGAGCAGACAGUGGGAGCAUGUUUCCACCACUGUGCCAGAUCCUGAAGGCUCUUUGCUGCAGACAUGGCUGUUGCUGCUGUUUGAACAAACUGGGAGUGGAGACCUGCUUGGCUGCAGCUGUCGGGACUAUUCAGAUUAUGGUGGGUGUGCUUUAUAUCGGGCUUGGACCGGGAAGAACAAGCACUCGUCUGGGGGAUUUUUCCAGUCUGGGUGCUGCUUACUGGCUGGGUGCUGUGUUUAUUGUAACAGGAAUCAUGACCAUUUUGGCGGGUCGGUUCCCUUCUUCCUGCUUGGUUUGUUAGAGAACAUUAGAGAACAAACAACAUCACGAAGACCAAGGAACCCAUCAGACAGGUCAGUGGAGACGUUUAAUUCAAGAUUGGGGUCUAAAACAAUAUCUCAAGCCUUGAACAUCUCACAGAGAUCUGUUCAAUCCAUCAUCUGAGCAUGGAGAGAGGAUGGACCAACUGCAGACCUACCAAGACAUGGACGUCCACCUAGACUGAAAGAAGAGAAUCUGUCAACAGGAGAAUACAUCACCCUGAACACACCAUACCUACUGUAAUUCAUGGUAGUGGUAGGAUUAUGCUGUGAGGAUGCAUUUCUUUAACAGGAACAGGAAGUUGGGGAGAAUUAACGACAACAUGUAUGGAGCUGAAUACAGGACAGUUCUCAAAGAAAACUUGUUGGAAACUGCAAAGGACUGAGACCUUCAGAACGUCAACAGCUCUAAACAAACAGUCAUAUUUCAGUGUCUAGAUGUCCAAGACACACCCCAACAGACCUGCAGCUUUAAAUGCAGCAAAAAAUGGUUUUACUCAGGGACUCAGGGAUUUUUAGAUUUUUAAUUUUUCCUAAAAAACCAACAAAAUGUUUUUCCAUUCAACAAGUUUUCUCUACUUUCUGUUAGACUGGCUCAUUAAAAACCUAACAGAAUGCAUUAAAGUUUGCAAUAAAAUUUACAUUUGUAACGUGACUAAAGGAAAAAAGGAAACAAAAGUGUGAAUACUACUUUUAUCCUGCUUAGAGCUCAAUCUCUGUUGAAUCCCUCUUGUCAGGUGGGCUUUACUGUGUUCAUGAACAUUGUUGGUGCCAUAUUCUCCAUUACUGGCAUUGUGUUGCACACGAUAGACCUGAAAAAUUCUUCUCUGCUCUGGAUUUGUGAUCGCUUCCGUUAUGAUCCCGAUCAUUCCGAUGACAACUGCAGAAACGUGGCCAUCUUCGAUCAGAAUCUGCUGACAUCUCUGGACCAAACCUUGAUUCUCCUGGCGGUUCUUCUGUUGGUUGUCAGUAUUUGUUUUGCUGUUUUGGGCUUGAGGUUUCUGACUGUGAAGGUGACCAUGGAAGAGGUUGACAACAUUUCUGAAGACUUGAAGAAAAUUCUCAUCUGUCCUGGUUCUUAAAACCAUUAGUGCUUCAAUAGACAGCUUCUCACUUCUACUGAAGGCAAUCUAAAUGUUUUUAUAACAAAUACAGUGAUUUCUCAAUAAAGAUAUUCAAUUGUCAUCAA